AUGGAGUCCACAGGACAAAAUCCUCCACAAUGGAAUCACACUACAUUAAUGGAUUUCAUCCUGCUUGGCUUUUCCGAUGUUCCUGACCUCCGAGGAUUUCUUUUUGGGGUGUUCUUGAUAAUCUACAUGAUUAUUCUGUUGGAAAAUAGCCUCAUUAUCAUAAUAACCAAGGUCAAUCCCUCCCUCCGGACUCCCAUGUAUUUUUUCCUUGGGAACUUUUCUUCCUUGGAAAUAUGUUAUGUGUCAGUCACUGUCCCCAGAUUAUUAACAGAUCUUUGUAGACAAAAUAGAAAUAUUUCCUAUCUGGCUUGUGCUACUCGAAUGUAUUUCUUUCUGGCCUUUGGAGCCACUGAGUGCUUCAUUUUGACCGCAAUGGCUUAUGACAGGUAUGUUGCCAUUUGCAACCCCUUACUCUAUCCCCUAAUCAUGAACAACAGGCUGUGCAUCCAAUUGGCAGCUAGCUGUUGGAUCACUGGAAUUCCAGUACACAUAGGGUUCACCUACCUAAUCUUCUCUUUACCCUUCUGUAGGUCCAAUCAGUUGAAUCACUUUUUCUGCGACAUACCUCCAGUACUUAAGCUUGCCUGUGGGGAUACUUUUAUGAUUGAGAUGUUGGUUUAUACAGUUGCUGUUCUAGUUGUCACUAUUCCUUUUAUGUUGAUUCUUGGAUCUUAUGGGAAAAUAAUCUCAACCAUCCUGAGGCUGCUAUCAGCAGCUGGGCGAACCAAGGCAUUCUCCUCUUGUUCCUCACAUCUCAUCGUUGUGGCUUUAUUCUUUGGAUCAGGCAUCAUGACAUAUUUGAGACCCAAGUCCAGCCAUUCAACAGGAAUGGACAAGUUUCUUUCUCUUUUUUUACACCAUUGUGACACCAAUGUUUAA